AUGCCGUCGACCGCUCUUCCGCUAAAUGUUACUCCUGCAUCAACGCCAGCAAGAGCUUCACCACAACCAUCUGCUUCGGGCUCAAAGACUCCCACAAAGCAGGCCAUUCUCACCAACCCUGGUGAAAUAUCUAGCCCCCAUGAGCUAACAGCUUUCGUCGAAACGCUACUUGAACAACUAGAUACCCAAUUUGACGCCAUGUCGUCUCAGAUUCUUGAUCACAUGAUGCAAAUGUCGAAUAGAGUGGACGCACUGGAAGCUGCUAUACAGGAUAUCAUUAGCGGGGAUGUGACCACACCAAGUGCAUCUAUGUUGUCGACACCGCUUCUAGCCACCGGCGUAGCGCUGCCGGGUAUUCGAAGGAGUGGAAGUGGCGUCCAGUGA